UUACAAUUAUGGUUGGCUAUGAUAAGGAAAAGGAAACAAACAUAUUAAAAUCAGGUAUAGCUGGUGUUUUUGGUGGACAGAUAACCAGGGCUUUGGUGUGCCCCAUUGAUGUAGUAAAGAUAAGGUUUCAGUUGCAGCCAGGAACAGUUCGCUCUGAGCUUAAGUAUAAUGGCCUGAUUCAGGCUGUGAAAACAAUAUGGAAGGAGGAAAGCAUUUAUGGGUUUUAUAAAGGCCAUGUACCUGCCCAGCUGCUGUCAAUGGUCUAUGGUGGAGUACAGUUUGCUUCAUUUGAAUACAUAACCAAAGCAGCCAAUGAAAUCAUUCCACAUUCAAAAGAUGACCACUCCGUACGCAGUGUUGUUCAUUUUGGGUGUGGGUGUCUAAGUGGUGCAAUUUGUACUUUGACUUCUCAACCGUUUGAUGUUGUUCGAACACGCUUUGCUGCACAGAAAGAACCAAAACAAUACCGUACUGUGACCUCGGCAAUAAAGGGAAUGUAUGUGGGAGAGGGUUUAUCGAGUUUUUUUAAGGGACUCACUCCAGCACUAAGUCAAAUAAUCCCAUAUUCUGGCUUCACCUUUUGUUUUAACUCUCUGCUGCAAGGUUUAUGGCGAGAGUGCUCUUUCAAUGAAGGUCCAGUAAGUCAUACCAUAUGUGGUGGAGGUGCUGGUUUAAUGAGCAAAUGCAUUGUUUAUCCAAUGGAUGUGGUAAAGAAAAGGCUGCAGGUACAAGGUUUUAGCGAAGCUACUAUCUCAGAAGUAGUAACCUACAAUGGUUUCAGGGACUGUAUUUCGACUAUUAAAAAGCAAGAAGGCGUGCGUGGCUUUUACAAAGGCUUACAUGUUGCAGCGAUUAAGUCCACAUGCACGUCUGCGCUUAUUUUCCUAACUUACGAAUGCAUUUCUGAUUUCAUAAGGUAGAUGGUAAUUCUUCAAAUAAUGUAUGCCUUACACUGUUGUUAGCGCUCAGGUUUGGGUGUCCUUUGCGUGUCAUUUAUUUAGCUGUGACAUUACCUAACAUGUGUUUUAAUUGCUGGUUCUAUAUCUUAAUACAUUGUUUGCGUCCAGAAAUCAUUGACACCCUAACACGAAUAGCGUUAUUGCCACCGGUAGUAUCAUAGUACAUAUUUACAGUUUACCUUAUGUUCUCCAUUGCUUUCUUGUUAGUAUUUGUAACGAUUGCAACCAUGAGACUGUUAUUUUAAUGUGCACCUCGUUUGGUUCCAUCAUUAAAAUCUCUUUUUUAAAUUUU